AUGCAAACGGAACACAUGAUCGAAGCGGCGUUGCUCUCUCAGGGCCAGGCCUUACAUGCAGCAACUCGUCCAUGCGAGCCUGAUCCACCAAAAGCAACAUCCCCUGCCAGGAAAGCACACAGGCUCCGGCAUGACGGGGAAGUCGUAGCCAUCAGCUUUGUCAGUGCAUCAGAUCUGAAAGCUGCGUUCACCUCUACACAGACCGGAAAAUUCCAGGAGCUUGGGUUUCUAGGGGCCGCUCCUCCUAUUCGUCUGGAAGACGAUCGAAGUUCAACUCUUCCGCAGCAAGGAGAUGCCUUGAAACGCCAUAUGCGGUACCUGAGCCCUGCAAAUGAUGCGGCAUUUAUCAGCAAGGCCGGAAUGGGCAGGGGGUCUCACCUGGACUUAUGGCUUGCGAAUAAUACAGCUUACCUGCAGUGGCUAAGCCCAUCUCUUGAUCUCCCUAAUCUGUGGAUCCAAGGGCCAUCUGGUUGCGGAAAGUCAGCAUGUGCUGCUCGCAUUAUCCAAAGAUGUCUCGACAAGCAACCCCACUCAGGAAACACUGCAGCUGUUAUUUAUUUCUCGUUCUGUGACCCCACGGAGGGACAAAGAGCAAUUGCGACCUUUCUACAGAAUGUGAUUUCUCAACUCUAUACGCAGCGUCCAGAGCUUUGUGCACGGGUUCCACUGCUCCAUAUUCCAUUGAUUGAGGGUGUGCCACUGGGCAGUCUCUGGAUAGCGCUUCAUUCCCUUCUAACCCAUUUCGAAUACACUCACUGCAUUCUGGACGGAAUGGACAACUUGGAUUCUUCUGACCAGUCGAUACUGCUGAGGGCAAUUUUGGGACCGUCGUCCGGCCCGCAACAUAAUAUCAAGGUCCUGGCCAUGAGUCGCCAGCAGCCGCACCAGAAUCCGCCGUCAACAUCCAAACCCCGGUGGACAGUACUAGAAAUUCCUUGCUCGACCAUCUCCAAAGAUAUCAGGUUUCACGCAACCGCUGUACUACGGGAUAGUCAAUCAUGCAGAACACAACCAUCCUGCAAUUUACUCGACCCUGAACUCCUUGUGAACAGUUCGAUGGGCAGUCAUUAUUACAUCGCAGUAACGGCCAAGACAUACCAAGAACGGUUGUGCUCUCCCCUUCCUCAAGAUAUGGAUAGCUUGCUUUCGACGGCCUUGGAAAGGCUUUAUAUGGAGACUCCCUUGUUACGAAACUGUGGUAUCAAAAUACUUCAGUGGAUGAUAGCUUUACCGUCUCCGCUCACAAUACAAGAAUUGGAUGAACUACUAACCCUGUAUCCCUAUUCUGGACGAACCUCUCAGGAUAUACUGGAUGGGUGUCUACGAGGCCUGGUCAAUGGGCCGGAUAGCAAGGGCCAUGUCCGAUUUGCAGCCCCCUCUGUGAGGCAGUUCCUUAUUUCUGGAACUACAGAUCUACGCUCGUCCAGUAGCGAUUCCGCGGGCCUUUCACCAGUUUUGCCACUUAAAAAGGCACGCGGAGACGCAGCGGUUGACCUCCUGCGGUAUAUGACCACAUCCAAAUUCGAAACACAAAUUCAACGACAGUCUCCAGAUGAUUCUGCGAGACCAGGACUAGCAACGAUUGCCGCAUCAAGGUGGAUUUGGCUCCUUACUCGUGCUGCCCCGUCUGCAGAGUUGGUAUCUUAUUUGGCCACGUUCAUGAGCUCGAUAUCUUUCCAGAAGUUGUUCACCUUGCUUGCGCAGUGGAAUCCUUGCCUAGCGGUGGCACAGUCCUAUAAUUUGCAGCUCGAGGAUUGGCUCCGGAAAGCUCAACCUCUCUCUAACACAAGGACCGUCGUAUCGUGUCGGGCCGAGUGCCGCAAGUUGGUCUUCCUUACGAUUGGCAAGACACUUCCUGCGGACCAUGCAGAGGUAAUCAUGAUCAUCAAUUGCCUGGCGCAGCUGCAUAUAGACUCCCAGCUGUUCGAUACGGCCGAGGAACUAUUCCGUGGGUGCCUUGAGGUUAUCCGUCGGUGGACGCGAUUUACGCAGUCCCCGGAUUUUGAGCGCCUGCCUUUCUUUAUGUUUGGGCAUACAAUCGAUGAGGGCCAGACCCUCACACUCCAGGAUGUCCACGGUCGAUUACUGGGCCUUUCCGAUGGUGCCGAGAUGGCGGAUCUCCUCCAUAAAACUCAGUAUCUGUCCGACUCGCAGGCUCGGCGAAAUCGGACACUUGCCCGCCUCCAACAGAUGCGGAAGUUUAAGCGAUACAAACUUGACAGUGAGGCAGCUGCCAUAUACCAAGAGGUGAAGCUGGAUUUGCUCGCUCUUCGAUGGGAUUGUUCCACCCCGCUAGACACCAUCCUCGUCCUUUCCUUCUUCCUCCUGGAUCAGGGAAGAGAUCUCGAAGCCGAUCCCCUACUCGAUGCAAGGGUCCCGGAGGUCAUACGCGAAAGUGGCCUUGUGUUGAUUUGUUGCUCGAUUGGGGCAGGUCCCGAUGAACAGUUCGUCGUCGAGCUGGCUAAUGCCAGAAUGGAUGGCCUUGGGACAGGGUGGGAAGCUAUCUGGGCCAUUGAUCGACUUGCAAGGCACAGUGCAGGCCAUGGGGAUAUUCAAAGCGGCAUCAUAUUCGCCAAGAGGGCCUAUCAACUGAGUCAAAGGCUUGCUGGCUUACAUGACCCAAGGACCCUCCGUUGCUUGCAAGGAAUGGUAAAUGCACAUCUCGCCAAAGCAGAUAUGGAUGCUGUUGCCAGGAUGUUUUCUGAAAUCGGAUCGCUCAGCCCGGCCCAAAUGCGCGAGCUCACCCCGGAGCGCCCUGGGUCAAAAAUGAACUAUGCCAUCAUGAUGCAGCAGCUUGGCCUUCCUCAACUGGCCACCAGUAUCGUCGACGAAUUGGUUAGUUGGCUCCGGGAACAGCAGGCACUUGGGUACGAGGCACGCGAUACCGAGCACCGGAACACCGUCGCCAUCAACAUUGGCGGAUUUCUUACCAGACUGGGUCGGCUGCAGGAGGCAGAGGGCUUUCUGAAGAGAGUCCUCGCCGAGCCGGAGGGUCUUUCUCACGCACAAAUUUUGGCAGCAAAGACAAAUCUUGCGGGGUGUCUCAGAAGGCAGCUUCGCAACGACGAGGCAGAUGCUCUAUACCGGGAGAUUAACGCCGAUGAAUCAGAGACCGUGCAAUCGGGGAUUCAUGAAAAGAAGAUUUUCCGUAUUGGAUAG